ACAUCGCAGCAGUUGUUCCGUCACAACACGCCGCCACUCGAGCCACCGGAGCAACUCCGAGGCUCGGCCGUCGCCGAGAUUCCUUGGGCCAGCAUGGAGGAGGGGCGGGUCAAUCCGCCCGUUCCUGCGGGCGUCAAGUACCCAGAGAAUGCAAAAACAAUCACCGCCGACCUCGUCCAAGGUGGCUGUGAGGCCGUCGUCGACUCUUCCCUAGACGCCGUCUAUGCCUUUCACGGCAUCAUGUCUUCCGGCUCAGAAGCCAACUUUGAGCUCGGCAUGACCGUCAAUGUCGACGCCACGCGCGCGCUGCUCGAGACCCUACGCAAGAAAUGCCCCGGCGUGCGCGUUAUAUACUCCUCUAGUCAGGCUGUAUACGGCCAGCCACUGCCCAAAGUCGUCACUGAUGACGUUGUGCCCACGCCCGAAUCGUCGUACGGCGCGGAGAAGAUCAUCUGCGAGACGUUGAUCAACGACUACUCGCGCAGGGGGUUCAUCACUGGGUUCACAUUACGCUUUCCGACGAUUUCUGUGCGUCCUGGCAAACCGACUGCGGCUGCGUCCUCGUUUCUGUCCGGCAUGAUUCGCGAGCCACUCAACGGGGAAGAGGCGAUUAUUCCUCUGGAAGAUAGGUCGUUUGAGUCGUGGCUUUGUUCGCCGCGCAUCCUAGUCCAGAAUCUGAUCCUGACCCUGUCGCUGCCAGCCGACGCUGUCCCCCUACAUAUACGGCAAAUCAACGUUCCGGGAAUCUGCGUGACCAUACAGGAGAUGAUGGAUGCGCUGGAGAAAGUUGGAGGCAAGGAGAAACUGGCAUUGUUAAAGGAGCGUGAAGAUCCUGUAGUCAAGAAGAUUGUCCAUUCGUGGCCCACGAGGUUUGAUAAUAGCCAGGCUUUGCGACUGGGCUUUGCCGCCGCUGAAACAAAUCGAUGGCUGAGACGUGUGCCAACCCGCUGCUGCUGGGCUGGAUCAAGGAAUGGCUUGACCAGGCCCGAGAGCGCAAUUCCAAGGGCUUCACCAUACGCCGAGCAACAGCCAGCAAAGAAAACUCGCAAGCCCAAGCCAUAUAUCCCUGCCUUGCGAUCCGGCGCAUACGCAUUGAUCUUGGGGCUUUCUACGAUAAACGAGAACUCUUCGCAGACAAUGACCAAAGCGCAGCUGAUCGAUGUGGCCCAGCCCCAUUCAGACACGUCUUUCACGGCCCCGAGCGAUCCGACCAAAUUCUACACGGCUUGGAAUUCGAUGAAGACGCUGAUUCAGAAAGAGCUUGUUUAUGAGCAUGGCCGGCCGCUUAGAAAGUAUGCCCUCACGGAAGAGGGGUGGGAAUGUGCAAAGAGGAUUAGAGGCGCGGGCGCUGCUGGACAGCUGCCACAGGGUCAAUCGACAUUAAACUCUACAUCUGCUACAGCCAUAUUACAACCAGCUACAAGUACAAAUACUGCCUCAUCUCGGCGCACCCCACGCACUAUUGACUUGGAUGAUUUUGAAGUCGAUGUAUUAGACGACGUGGAACCAGCACCAGCGCCGAGGGCACGAUCACGUAAUAACAACGCCGAGUCAAUUAUAUUGCCACCCGGAAGCUUCACAAUCGAGCUCCUGCUAGAUUCACGAGAAGUGCGUGCAAAAAACGACAGAGACUAUAUUGCCAAAGAGCUAGAAACAAAAGGCAUUGCUCCCCACGUGCGCGCCCUCGAGCUCGGUGAUGCCAUGUGGGUAGCCAAAUGCAAAGACCCCAAUUACCUCGCCCAGUAUGGCGAAGAAGGUGACGAAGUGAUGCUGGACUGGAUCGUCGAACGCAAACGCCUAGAUGACUUGAUCGGAUCGAUCAAAGAUGGCCGCUUCCACGAACAAAAAUUCCGUCUUCGUCGCUCGGGCAUCAAAAACGUCGUCUAUCUCAUUGAAGAAUUCGCCGUGUCCCACCCUUCAUCCACAGGCACACAGGCACCACAAAACUACCACGACGCUGUUGCAUCAGCAAUUGCAUCCACACAAGUCGUCAACGGGUAUUUCGUCAAAAAGACCAAAAACUUAGACGACACUAUCCGCUACCUAGCACGUAUGACAUUUCUUUUGAAGAAAAUGUACGAGCCAUCCAUCCCAACCUCGUCCAGUCAGGUCAGCAGCAGCGCAGCAAAAAGCACAUCGGUGGCACUGAUCCCCAGCUCCAACCUUUCGUCCUCAGAAUCCUACCUCAAAAAAAUCCGAGCCCUGCGCGCUGCAAACGACAGCUCCUCCUCCUCCUCGACGACAUUUGGCGUAUCUUUCGCUAGUUUUUCGGCCCUAUCGUCCAAAUCUGAUAUCCUCACACUGCGAGACGUAUUUUUGAAAAUGCUCAUGUGCACGCGAGGCAUCACGGGUGACAAGGCGCUGGAAAUCCAGCGUCACUGGCACACGCCACGCCAGUUUAUCGAAGCCUUUGAGGCUGCCGAGCAGGCUGCGCCGGGUCGAGGCGAAACCGCAGUCAAAGCAAAAGAAAAGCUGCUCACGGACAAACUUGGCAACCUGGUCGCUAAGAAAAAAGUUGCCGGCGUGCUUAGUAGAAAGGUAGCUGAGAUAUGGGGUGAAGAGGGCUGA